AUGAGCAGUGACCCAGACGCGAAUGACAACGUCGACAUGAUCGAGCAUGUCCGCACGAAUGCCAGCAUCGCCAUUCCUCUUGAGGUUUUUGAGAGGCGAUACCUUAGCCUCAAUAUUCCAAAUGCAAACUGGUAUAAGCGUCUCGGUAACCCAACACCUCUCGGACUUGUUGGAUUUUUAAUGGCAGCGAGCCCUUUCGCAUGUGCUCUCUUGGGCUGGGGCGGAGCAGGAGGCGGAGGUGUUGCGACUAUAGGAUUCUCGUAUUUCUUUGGCGGCGUACUUCAACUUAUCGCGGCAGUUCUCGAGUUUAUCCUGGGAAGCACUUUUCCUUCCGUCGUAUUUGGCUCUUUUGGGGCAUUCUGGGUGGCUCUCGGCGCCACACAAACCCCUAAUUUCAACGCCCAGGCUUUUUUCGAAAAUGGUGAAAAUGGUGUGGAUAUGAGCGAAUAUUACGCUAGCUUUGCAUUUGGGCUGAUCUUCCUGGCUGUCCUCGUUUCCAUAUACACGAUUUGCGCAACCCGCCUUAACAUCGUCUUUUUUUGUCUUUUUUUCACCCUCACCUUUUCUGUGAUAUGUCUUGCCGCGUCAUACUGGUGUAUGGCACAGGGGAAGGCUUUAGCUGGAGAACGGCUGACAAAGGUAUUUGCAUCCCGAAAGAGACCCGAGAUUCCUUGA